AGGUACCAUAAAUCAAAAAAUAGUUCUAGGGUUUCAAAGAGCUCUACUCGAUCUUAAACCAUUGCCCUUUUAUAUCCGAAACCAAAUUCAAACGAAACCCAAAACACACACAAUCUCUGAAAUCCUGAAUCUCAUAAUAAUACUAAUAUCGAAUAAGAAGCAUGCCUCAAAGACACUCAAAAAACAACAAUGAUUUAGCAUAUUUCACAUAUGAUGAAAAGAAAAAGCUUGGUUAUGGUACCCAAAAAGAAAGGCUUGGUAAAGAUUCUAUUAAGCCCUUUGAUUCUUGCUCUCUUUGCUUGAAGCCUUUCAUUGAUCCUUUGUGUUGUCAAAAGGGUCAUGUUUUCUGUAAAGAAUGCAUCUUUGAAUGCUUGCUUUCCCAAAAAAAAGAUAUCCAAAGGAAGUUUGCUGCCCAUACUACUCAACUUAAGCAAGAGAAAGAUGAAGAAGCUGAGAAGUUAGCGUUACAAAAAGCAAAAGAACUUGAUGCAUUUGAUCAGCAAAACCACGGUGCUCUACCACAAUACAGUGAUAAAAACUUCAACAAAGAUAGAAACGGAUUUCAUGGAGCAAACAGUGUUAAAACUACAUCUUAUGAAGAAGAAGCACUCAGAACCAUGAAAGCUUUUUGGUUACCCUCUGCAACACCCGAAGCUUCCGUCAAAGUCAAUGCUCCAUCCACUUCCACAACUUGCCCUGAAGGUAACGAGAAGCUUAAGAUGAAAUCCCUGUUCUCUAUUCAUUUAACUGAAGACAUGAAUGAGGAAAAGAAAGCUUCUGCUUUAGAUAAAACCUACAUCUGCCCUAGUUGCCAGGUGACAUUAACUAAUACAACAUCGCUUGUGGCAUUAAGUUCUUGUGGGCAUGUUUUCUGUAAGAAGUGUGCAGAUAAGUUCAUGGCGGUAGAUAAGGUUUGCCUAGUGUGCAAUAAGGGCUGCAAGGAGAGAAAUCUGAUUCCUUUAGAGAAGGGUGGAACUGGGUUUGCGGGUCACGGGGAUAAUCUUGAAGCUAAAGAUUUUAAGCAUUUAGGAAGUGGUUCAGGACUAGGGUUGGUGAGGCCUGCACAGAAAACAUGAUCUUUGUUGAGUUCGGUCCUUGAUAGUUACAAAUGUGAUUUUGUUGCUACUUACCAAUCAUCAUAUAUUUGUAUGUUCUCUCUGUAUGAAAUUACAAUGAUUGCUAUUCCGGGAUUUUGGUAACAAAUGUAACAAUAUAAAGUUCUGGACAAUUUUACAUGCUUAAAA